CAGCCUGUUGAAUUUGUCCAUAAGGACCAGGGAGCAGGUUAACAUUGACCUGUGGGACUCCUUGAUAGCUUUGUAUUUUGUUAGUUGACAGGUUAUUGCACCUCACAACUUGUGUUCACCAGAUCACAGGGAACACUUAGCCUCAUGGCCAGCAACCCCAAUAAGAAGACUUUGCGCAGUCAGUAUAGAAUGGCUUUCCUUCUUGGCCAGGGUUCAUUUGGGAAUGUGAAAUUGGCCUGGCACCGGAAAACGCAGGCCCUGGUUGCCAUCAAAUCAGUAGAGAUCUGUAAGAAGACCAUCAGGGGGAUCCUGUCUGAAAUGACCAUAUUGGAGUCACUGCACCAUCCAAACAUCAUUUCCCUCUUCCAGGUACUCCUAACAUCGAGCCAGAUUCAUUUUAUAUUACAGUACGUUCCAGGAGGGAACUUAGUAGAACUAAUAAGGGAGGAGGGCCCACUGCCAGAAGAACAGGCGAAGAAAAUGUUCGGACAGGUUGUAUCAGCCUUAAGAUACUGCCACAGCCGUGGUAUUGUCCAUCGCGACAUCAAGCCACAGAAUAUACUGAUAGAUGCAGCGGGCAAUGUUAAGUUAAUAGAUUUUGGUGUUGCCAUCAAAUGCAGACCUGGUACAUUGCUGAAAACCCAGUGUGGAACCAGGGGCUUUUGUGCCCCAGAGAUUGUCCUUGGGGAGCCAUAUGAUGGCAAAAAAGCAGAUGUUUGGAGUUUGGGCGUUCUGUUGUUUUUCCUGACCACUGGCUACUUCCCCUUCAGAGGAGGCACUACAGAUCAGAUCAAGCAAAAGGUUACAACGGGGACCUAUACCAUUCCAACUCACCUGUCUGGGCAACUCGAAAACCUGAUCCACCAAAUCCUCACAGUUUCCCCAGAGCUAAGGCCCUCUAUAGAAGAAAUUGAAAAUCACCCAUGGAUCAAGAAAUGUGAGGUAAACAUCCCGCCCAUGACAGACCCAGAUUACAAAAUAAUAGAAAUGCUCUGUGGUAUGGGGUAUAAUGCCAAUGACAUCUUGGAAUCCCUCCAACAGAAAAGAUACGAUGAACCAAUGGGGGCAUAUUUGAGCUUAAGAAAUCAUGUAAUCGAAGGGUAUGAGAUUGGAUCUAUCACUCCAGCCAAGCCUGGGGAUCAGUGCCCUCCGCCACCCCCAUCACCAGCACAUCCCUCUGUCUUUGGCCUUCCUCUCAGGAGAAGGGCCAGUGAGCCCAACUUUGGCCUCCUCCACAGACAGCCCUCAAAAGAACAGAACACUGUUGCUCUGACGCUAUCAGGACUCAAGAUGAGCAGGUGUGUCUCCAUGCCUCCCAUUGCAGUAUACUAUCCUAAGAAGGAGAGAAGCACUUCUACCCUUGCCCUCCACUCAACACCUGUGGCUUCCCCAUGCGUCUACAACAACAUGUCGGGAGUUGAAAUAAUCCUACCACAUAAGGAAGACAUUGAGGUGAACACAUCAUCUCCCCCUCAGACGAUGGGAUGGUUUAAGAGACUCCGAAAAGGAAUCAGGGACUGUCUCUCAAGACUUUGCUGCCUCCCACGGGCUCCAAAGAAAAAACCCCAGCAUAGAUCCUCCAAGAGAGUGGCUCCCCUGAAAAAGGCAGCAAGCAGAACCAAAUGAAAGGUUUCCCUCCUGCAGAUAAUGGUGGAUUUGAGGCCAGGACAGUCAUGGAUUCCUGAGUACAAGGACAGUGGCUCAUUGUUGCUAAGGAUCCCAACUCAAAUUAGCAACACUGGACUGAAAACACAAACUAAAAUCCUCCUACCUGAGCAAGGUAUGCAGAAUAAACAAGAGACUGUUGUUCACAGGGACAAGUGUCCAUAUAGAAUCUAUAGUGAUAAUCUAUGCCUGGCAGAGGAACAAUGGUCAACUAUCUAAUGGGCCCCCUCAAAGUCUCCCUGCAGCUCAGAAGAACACCAAGGGCCUGAGCUCUGUGAUUCCUGUAUCACUGUGGAGCAUCUGCCAAGAAUGGACACCAGCAUCUGUAGACCAGGGAGAGACGGGUUCCCACACUUUAGUUCCGUACGCCCAAACAAUAAAACAACAGCCUAUCCCCUAAUGAGGUAUGUACAUAAUGAUAGAGGAUUCUCCACACAAACUUGAUUCACAAGAACAGGGCCUCUUUGGUAGCCACCCAAACCAUCUGAAAUCAGGCAAGAAGAUGUGAGCAGAAGCCUUCGAUCCCUGUACCUCAAGACCAAAUAACACUCAUUCUGAUAGGAUACAUGAGCUGGUCCUCGUUUAUCUUCAUUCCCCAAUUCCAUCUAUCUCCUAUCUGGAUGGAGACAUUUCCUUCCCAUGCUCUGAUCUGAAUCUUGUUCUGCAAUUCAUGGAACACAUUUGAAAAGUCGAUCUGGACCUCCAUGUCCUCAUUUGUCCAUAUGGACCUUCAGGAUGGACAGUCUCUGGAAGAUCCUGUGCCAGCUGCAGGAUGGGCUGAGCAACUGUGUUUGUCUAUAUCUAUGGCAGAAUCACUUGAGCCAGUAGAUUAUCUAACAGUGCCAUUCUGCCCUUGACAAUAAUGUGAGGAUUCCCCUGUCUCCAUAUGAACCAACCUGCCUGCCCCAACACUGUGCUAAUGUCGCUGUGGGAACACUAAGGACAUGAGGACUAUGAGAGUAGGAUUCUCGGUGCAAAAAAAAAAAUGAGUCCCCUUUUAAUACUGACUAAGAUGCUCAGGCCUCAAAGGAGGUGGACUGCAAGGGUGAGAGCUAAGUGUUCCUUCUGGAUAUGAGUCAACACCAGCACGCAGGAAUCCACCAGGUUUGGAUGGACGAUGCAUCUGACCAGAAGAAGGGAGUAGUAAGUUUCUGGGGUGCACUGAAAGAUCCCUCACUCUGUGUAAUUACCCAGGAAAUGAAAUAGUCUUGUCUAUGUGGACAUCGGUGCCCAAAUGAGAAAAAUAGUGUAUAUAUCCCGACCACUUAAAAGUCAUGCUGUUUCUGAGAGAACCUCUGAGCUCGAAAGACUGUGAAAUAGGAUGUCUGCCUGUACCAGAAUCUUUCCUGAGUGGAGAAUUUCAUCAGGAAGGAAGAGGCCCAGAGCAUGCACAUAUGUUGAACUCUUGAAGGGCACCCAGUUUGAAAGAGAACAUCAAAGGCCUGAAUCACUGUGAAACAUGCUGUCUGCAAGUACUAGAACACUUCCUGAGAGCAAGGGACACUGCCAAACCACUAGAGCAAAAGUUAUGAUGGAUAAAGAGACAGGUGUUCUGGUGACCUGUGACCCCAUCAGGAGCCCUGAGGGUCACCUCCUGCUAAACCAAACAUAAACUUUAUCAGUGAAGGUCACUCCUGAGAAACCCUGUUGAGAAACCCUGCAGACAGGAAAGCCAAGGAGGCCUCCUCCUUCCCAUUGUCAUUAUCUUCUAAGGGAGCUUGAACAGUCCUACAGACUUCUUAAAAAGCCUGGAACACUCUGCUAAUUUUGUGUUCACGUACUCUUCAACUGAGUCAGGAGAAGAAAAGAGAUAUUUGGAACUCUGAUCCAAUCAAAUUAAUAUUCUGGUGAUCAGAAGCCAAGACUGUACAGAGAUUUCUGAGGCCUCUCCAGGAAUUCUGUCCAGAAUCACGCUCUGGAGGACUUCAGUGUGCGAGAAUGUGCAGUACCUUGGACAGACUCUGGGGUCUAAGGAAUGAAGUUUGUCCUCAGUAGGACAAAAAGACACAAGAGGAACGCCCGAGUACAUAUAGAACACAGGGUGCCAUGAUGUGGAGCCCGAAGACAAGGGAGGCUGCUGAACACUCUAAUGCCUGUAUGAGUGAACUUGGACAUGAACAGUGUAGCUGUAUCUGUUUGCCUUCAGUUCAACCUGCAAUGUUGUCACCAUCUCCUCUUUAAGCCAAUGUCUCAGGAAACUAUCCUUGACAAGGCUGUUCUGCCCUUCAAGCUCAUAUGAUGGUUGUGCAUGUAGGAGACCUAGCCUUCUGUCACCAAGGAAACAGAAAGCAGAGGAGGAAUGUAAUCGUGGGAGGCUGCAGGCAAAAGUGAUGUGGGGCCACAACUGUACCUGGAAGCUACAGGGUACAAUCCCUGAGGACCUGUUCAGACCUUCAUUCUAUUCUGGUGUCUUCCUAGUGACAGCCCUGCUAGCCAAUGACAACAACUUCUCCCUGAUCUUCCCCAGCCUUGCUUCCCAGUCCUGAGACUUGAAGAACACAGAGGAGGGCCUCUGUAGGUCAGUGACUGGCUCUGGACCAUUGACCACUACCACUGCUUUACUUGGGAUGGUGUUCAAAUUGUGGGAUGUCUGAGAAAGCUGGGUUCCACGUUUUUGCUAUGCAACCUGUUCCUCACGUCCUGGACUUUGCCUGCUCCAGUCCUCAGUUGCCAUUCAGUAAGCAUUGUGACGUGUAAGGCUCUCAGGAGAAGCCAGAUCCCAGUGGCAUUAGUGUGACAAACAAGCUGUGCCCAAGGAGCUGACACUCUGGCAGAGUCCAGGACAUCCAGGAAGACAGAGGUGGUGAGAUAUCACCAACUAUGACUCUGACAUACAAUGAAGCAGUCGAGGGCCAUGAGGCUUUUCUGACUGAGGCAACACAGCCUGGAGCCCAAAUCCCGAGGCUGUGCACCAAAGUCCUUCCCUGUUUGUCACUGGUGAGCAGAGUCUGACCUGAAAGUCUGGACCUGAUCUCUCAGUGAAGGCAAAACCGCUUGACCUCUGAUUUUGAACUGAAAUUGUAGCUAAUGCUGCUAUUGAUUUAAAAAUCCAGUUCAAUAUGUGAAAAAAUACACUUUACAAUCUCCUGGAACAUUCUGUCUCAGAGAGGACCGUGUCUACACUUCAAAGGAAAGACCAGAUCCUGGUGCUUUCCCACAAGAAGUUGCUCAAUGUGGCUACCAGGCAGGCCAAACAAAAGCCUCUGUCUGCAGACAGGAGGGCACCAACAAUGUGUCAAGCAACCUCAUCUGCAUCGUCACAAGCAUCUGUAGUGUGGAUAUCUGGUCAACAUGGUCGUUUGACAGUUGUGGAGCCCCUCCCACCAAUAAAGCUUUUGUAGGUGAAGAACCUGAAGGAUCUGAGGCUGUGCCAGUACAUGCUGGAGAAAUACUUGACUGGACUCGGGAGUAGGAGCCUAGGCAUUGGCCCACAGAUGUGCUGUUCUCCUUCUUUGGAUACCCGUCGCAAAACACAAUCUUCUCUGUCUACUGGAGUUGUCUUGGUUGUAGAUUUGGAGAUCCUCAAUAUCCCAGCUUAGUUCUCUAACGUUAAGUCAUAUCGACUCUUAGCAUAGUACUUUAUUUGCCACUGUUCUUUCUACCUUUAUUUUUCUAGAACUUUCUAUGGGUAAGUUAUUCCUUCUGUAACACUUUAUGAUGUGUAAGCCCACACGAGGGUACCCAGAGUCCAUACACAAUGUGCUCUUAUUUACCUGUGAGAAGUCCAAGCCAGUAACACCAAUCUUAACUCAGUGGUGAGAAGGAACUUAAAACUCAGAACAGGACUUGUUUUCAUUCCUUUCUUGUUGGUAUCAUUCACAACUUCUGAAGAAGUUGGGAGUCCAGAAAGCAAAGGGUGGGAUUUUCUCACAUGAUCUUGACCCAUGUUGGGUUUUCUGUCUUCCAUCUCCACCUUUAACAUUUAAUAUACAACAUCUCUCCAAAGGUCAUGCCUAUUCUAGUGUGCUGCACUCAGUGAAGAAGUUGGACCAAGCGUCAAAAGAGUGAAGGCCAAGCUCUGAGUGUGACAGAGAGUUUGAGAUGGACAAAUGAUGCUUUGAAAAACACGUGACUUCUCGCUGGGACCUCCAUCUCCUGUAAAUAACCAACAACCUGUUCAAGGAUCAAUGUGCCUCUGACAUGAGGACAACAAGGCAUCACUAACAAAUCUAUAUAGUCCUACCUCCCAGAAGAUGAGUGAAGGUGUUACAGUUAGGAUGACUGUUGACACGAGGCUCUCAGAGGUUCUCCACAAAUCUGAAGGACAAGAUUGAGAUUGCCAUUCAUAUGGUCUUUCCAUAGUCUCCCCUUGCAAUCAGAAUUGACCAUCACUAUGGACCUCAUCUAUUAGAUGCAGCUAUGGAGAAAGAACCCUUUUGUCAUCAUCUUCACCUCUGGAUGUGUUUAUAUUUGUGUCACAGAACUUGAGCUUUUGAGUCUCCAAGGAGAAUCUUUUGGUCAUUUACUGCAGGAUCUGCAUGUGGGUCUCCUUGACUGUCUUCUGUACAUUGAUAACUCAGGUUGUCUAGCAAGCCUCUGGAUAGGCAGCAUGGCAGAAAUCAACUCUUUCCAAAAAUGGCUGCUGCUGACACAGUGGAUAGAGCACACACAAGCUCCCUGUCUGACUCCCUCAGCUCUUGCAUAUCUCCUUGGCUAUCAUUUCAGAAAGCUUCUGAUUCUUCAGACAUCAGCUUCUUGAUACUGAAGAGAUUGUUCUACCUGAUGAGCCCAGGACUAGAAGAUGGACUACAUCCAAGAAGCCUGGCCCAUCUAAGGCCAAGUCACAUCUUCAUGAAAUAUUUGAAAAACAUUUGUGCACAGGAUAAAGGUGCAAGGACCAAGGUCUCCUCAGACUUUCUAGCAUUCAGAGGGUCUGACAAACUCAGGUCAAAGGUUAGUAACGUCUGAAGCCUAGAUCAUGAAGAAGGCCCCACUCCACAGGAGAAGCCUGUGGCUGAUGCUGUUGCAACCAGGACUAUGAUUGUGAAACUUUUGUCUGUUCAGGAUAGCAGGUUCAGGAAUCUUGUGCCCAGGUAUCCACAGGCCUUUUUUCACACAUUCCUUGGUAUAAUUUUGCAAGUCCUGACUUUGGAAGUGUCAGGUCCUUAUGCUCUCUCACUUGAUAUAUAGUCCAUCUCACUUGAUAUAUAAUCCAAGAAAGAUUUUUACCCCUUUAAGGGGCUGGAAAUAGACUGGACUCACAGUUACCAUUAAAACUGAAGUUCUGUCCUUUGUGGUUAUUGGCCCUUUUAAAACUUGUUUGACUGGAAACAAAGCUCAGAGCCUGAUAUUUCCAAGAUUCACCCCUACAAAUUCAGAAACCCACAGCUCAAAGCAGUACAGAUACCACUCAGAAAUGAAUCCAAGGACAAGGUGUCUGACAUGAGAAUCUUACAGAUUUAUUUAUAGGUCUAGGACUCAGCAACACUACACCUACGUAGAAUCAUUCAGGUAUUCCACCAUUAGAAUUUGGGAGCUGCCAUUCACAGAAAUGACCCAUGGGAGACUCAUAUUGUCAUAUCAUUGCCUCUAUGACCCAUAGUGCUGUGACUGCCAUGCUCUCUGUCAAACUCCAUAGGAGGUCACCAUUAGUAGAAAAGCAGUGCAGGGCAGCAGAGCAGUACAGUGGCCCUAGGGUGGUGUCGUGGGUGGUUCCAGGAGAUACUGCCAUCACACCACUCUCUACAUCUAGAAUGAAAGGAAGAGGAACACGGGAGGGAGUGUGUGAUUGUAUUCAUGGCCAAAAGCAGCCUAGGUGUCAGCUACCAGUUUGGAAGAGCACAUUUGCGUCUGUAUAGAAGAUUCAGGUCAGGAAUGUGACUGGGAACAGAGGAUUCAAUGCUCACAAGAGGAAUGUACCUUACCUGACAUCUUGCACUACACCAGAACAAGCACAGGAUAGUUUAUCCUUAUAAGAACUAGCAUAGCACACUGCUGGCAUAGGGGAAAUCUCUGGAAUAUACAGGAUUGGUUGAGUACCACACAGGAUGGCUGACAAGCCAGCAGAAGUGUAGGACACACACUGAGGUCAAGUGUCAGGUGUCCUGAGCUAUGUAGCCACACAGCUGGACAGAUGGACUUUCUUGCUCUGACUGAAGAAGAACCAAAGCAGGGCCUGCCUCAGCCUCCAUCUGUACCAUGGAUCCAGCUGCUUCUCUCUCUUGCAAGUCACAAGCAUCAUGAAGCAACUGUGUUGGUUCCUGAUAUCACAUGGUCUUUGUUCACGUUAAAGACAGGGCAUGCAAGAAUGUAUUCUCCUCCUACCUAUGUGCUGGACUAGGGACAGGAGAUCAGAUCCCUAGGCCUGGUCUUCUGACUAUUCCGAUAGUAUAUCAGAGAAAUAUUUAACCUUAGAUUUCCUGCUCUUAGAAGCCAAAAUAAACCUGUCAGUCCGGGAGUCUUAUCGAGAAUGA